AUGUUUUCGUCCAAAGUUCUUGUCAUUGGCUGCGGCAUCGCCGGUCCAGUGGUCGCCUGCCUUCUGAAGCAGAAGGGCUACGAACCCAUCAUCUUUGAAAGAUCCGAGGCGCCGGGCGACGUCGGUGCAUCCCUGAUGAUAUGCCCUAAUGGACUGAAGGUCCUUAAUCUCAUCGGCCCUAUACCCGACAUGCUCCUUCAAAACGGCCCGCCUAUCCUAGAGCUGUGCGACUGCAAGGCUUCGGGUGAAGUUCUCGGUCGCUCCGACAUCCCCGCGGAGUUUUCUAAGCGAUACGGGCAGCCGGCCGUUGGCGUCAAGCGGACGCUCAUUACGUCCUGGCUGCGGGGCCUGGCCAUUGAAAACGGUGUUGAGGUGAGACAAGGCUGGAAGCUGGAGCGGAUCCAAGAGACUGAGAAUUCCGUGACUGCUUUCUUCGAGGAUGGCAAUUCUGAGACUGGAGCUUUCCUGGUCGGGGCAGAUGGGCUAAAGGCGGCGACGAGGAGGUUGCUGUUGGCUCGCGGAGGUUUUCAAGAGACGCCGUCCUUUACCGGACUGACUCAGAUUUCAGGUAUCUCGCCCACGCCUGAGGCUUUUAGCAACAAUCCCGCGGCGAGGAACUGGUACGGGGAGCUGAGCCACGUCGUUUGUUACCCAAUCACUCACUGCAAAACGUCCUGGGGUUUGACUUUGCCCGAUAACCCCGAGGAGGAGGCCGCCUGGGGACUCUUCAGCGACGAGAGGAGAGCGGCCGAGAAGGAAAAAAUGGUCGGGAUGCUGCAGGCCAAGGGCUGGGACCCAGUCGUAUUGCAACUGGUGAACUCCGCAGAGCGCCUGAUCAAGUAUGGUAUCUAUGACCGUCCCGAGCUCGAGCCGAAGCAGUGGUACUCUGGUAGAUGCGUCAUGGUUGGCGAUGCGGUCCACCCGACAAGUGUUCAUCUCGGACAGGGCGCCAACCAGGCUUGCGAGGACUGCUACUAUCUCACGAAAGAGAUCCCCAACUUUGACGCAGCAAUAGGGCUCCCCACGCCAACACUUACUGAGGCUUUCAAGGCGUACGCGACGAAGCAGCAGCCGCACACCUCGAUCUUGGUCAAGGGCGCUAGAGCCGUCGGAUCCAUGCGUGUCUCGGCACCAGAAGUCUGCGCCCAACGUGACCAGACUGUCAGUCGAAGCAUGGCUGAUCGAACAGGUUUGCAGACCAAGUUCGACUUCACCUAUUCAAGGCCUUUUUGA